UUAUUGGUUGUACUUUGUCAGUCCACCAAUUGGAGAGAAGUAUUUCCAACCAUUACGUCACGAGAAAGUACAAAUACUCGGCCCGAACCUCCCCCUGCACACACAGUCUUCACUGGGUCAACCAGAGCGGAGUCCAAGCAGAUAAGCUGGUCGAUUUGAACCGACUGUAAAGUGAAACAUGGCUCGUACUAAGCAGACCGCUCGUAAAUCUACCGGAGGAAAGGCUCCGAGGAAGCAGCUCGCUACCAAGGCAGCCAGGAAGAGCGCUCCCUCCACCGGAGGAGUGAAGAAGCCCCAUCGUUACAGGCCCGGAACUGUAGCUCUGAGGGAGAUCCGUCGUUACCAGAAGUCCACUGAGCUUCUCAUCCGCAAACUGCCAUUCCAGCGUCUUGUGAGAGAAAUCGCUCAGGACUUCAAGACUGAUCUGCGUUUCCAGAGUGCAGCCAUUGGAGCUCUUCAGGAGGCCAGUGAGGCUUACCUGGUGGGUCUGUUUGAGGACACCAACUUGUGCGCCAUCCACGCCAAGCGUGUCACCAUCAUGCCCAAAGACAUCCAGCUUGCCCGCAGGAUAAGGGGAGAGAGGGCCUAAGCUGCUGUUUGCAGCAAUGUCAUGACAAAUGAUCCUAUUUAUCAUACUUAACCAUUUUGUGGACAUUUUUAUUUCUUUGAAUUUUUUUUUUUUCUUUUUUGAAUUUUGAAUUUUGUAUUGUAUUUUAGAAUGAGACAAUACAUCCAUUCCACGAGCCUAAGUACACUUUGGGUAGUUGGAAGUGUUGUGCAGUAGGAAUAUCUAUGUAUACCAUCAUGGGUCAUUACUACAUGUAACAGCCAUCAAACCUCCCGAGUUCUGUGUUGGUAUCUUCCGCUGUCUGGGAGUAAUUUUAAACAAGGAUGAAUUCUUCACAUCUUCCACGGGGUCCAGGGUGUCUCCACCCAUGUCAUGUCCAACAAAAUGCCAGCAUGUCCUGCUCACUGGUUCCCACUGCAGUGUUGCUGAGUUUAACGACCAGAUGACGUUCUGCGCCGUGUGACCAGGGGCACGACAGACCCCUCUGUAUUUUUCUGGACUGCUUUUUAUGCAUUUUCCAACAUAAAAUCUUGGCAGCUACAUUUAAUACUAUUUAUGAAAUGUUGUCACAUGUCUUUCUAUUAAAGGUCUUUAUGAGUAGCAA